AUGGACCCUCUAUGUAGCACCUUGAGUGUCGUUGCUGGUGUCGCUAGCAUAGUCUCCGUCAUCGGCAAAUCGGUUGCGACCCUGAAUCAACUCCGCCAGAGGUAUCGGGAUGCGGAACUCAACAUUAACCUCUUGACAGGCCAUCUUCGAACUGUACGGACUGCUCUGCUUCAAGUCCAGCAUUGGGCAGAAUGCCUAUCUGGGGAUUCUCAGCACUACCAGUUGAUGAUGGACCUCGGGGACGCCAUCACUCAUUGCAAGUUACUCGUCGAAUACAUCGACAACCAGAUAUCCAAAUUCCAAGGGAAUGACGAGGAGUUCCUGAGGGUCGGCAGCAAAGUCCUCUAUCUCCUCGAGGACCAGGCCACCAAAGACUGUCUCACCCGGCUAGACCAUCAGAUCAAUGCUCUUAAUCUGUGCCUGACGGCGUUCCAGUGUCGGACACCGAUCGAUCAGAAACGUUUACUCGAGAGAGAUGAAAGUAGAGAAGUCUUCAGCCAAGCCAAAGACGACGCUACGUCUCUCGUCGGUUUCCGCGAUUCUGCCUCGUUCGUCACUGCCAGAACCGGGCUAUCUACAGCCACGAAAUGGUCAAAGACAUUUGACUUCGACGGUCUGCUUCUGCGACACAAGAUCUAUCAGAACACCUUUCGGUCUAUGCUCAGGCGUGCCAACAGUCCCACAGAAGAGCGCACCGGAGAGAAAGGCCAACGGCGGGCACUCUCUGAUACCCCUCUCAUUCAGCUCAAGAGCACUGCGCGCGACUCGGCCAAGAUUGAUCUGAAGCUCAAGCAAGAUGCCCGCAGGUUGAGCAAAGAAGUCAAGAUCCUUGCCGUUGGAGACAAGCAUGGAAGAUCCGCCAUUGUCAAGCAAAUGAGGCAAAGGUACGGUCGACCAUACUCAGACUCAGAAGUCGAACAAUAUCGGCAAUCAAUCACCUCUCUUGCUAUCAAGGCUCUUGUGGCUAUCCUAGACUACGUCAAGGAUAUUGGCAACGGUCUUGUCAGUCAAAUCAGCAGAGAUCACGCCGACAUAAUCCGAGAAUUUGCGGAAUCAGGGACACCUGAUUGGAAAGUCCCCGUGGGCCUCGCAGGGUCCGUCAAACACAUAUGGAACAAUUGGCACGUUCAACAAGCUUUCUCGGUAAUGCAGCAACAUGGACAGACUGCCUACUAUCUCAAUACGAUCGAAAGAAUCUGUCAGGCCGACUACACGCCCAGCCACAUGGAUAUCAUUCGAGCCCCUGAAGCCAUCGACACCAUGAAAGAGACAGAACUCAUCAUGAAUUCGUCGACACUGCGCAUCAUCGAAAUCAACGAACAGUACGCAGUGAAAAUCAUUUCGCAAUUCGCAGACGUUCAAUUCUGUCUCUUCGCCAUCGAUCUGACGUGCUAUGAUCGAUAUCGCGAUGAUGCAGAGAGGUCGAACGAACUUCUGGAGAGGCUUUCAGACCUCAAAAGCAUUGUCCGAUCCGUGCACUUCACCAAAAGCAUCAUCUUGCUCAUCCUAACCAACGCAGCAGCUUUUAGAAAACGCAUUGCCAUCUCGCCCAUGAAGUCCCACUUUGAGGAUUACAAUGGAGGCAACGACGUCAACGCUGCUACAAAGUAUAUUCUGAAGAGGUGCAAACAAGUCAAUAGGUUGGAUUUGCCGUUGUUCUGGCACAUUUACGACUGUGCUGUUGACGAAGGCGAAGCUGAAGCUAUGGAUCAUUUCUUCAUGCAGUCCGCGGCGAGUGUUCCGGCGGUGUCGUGGCUGAGGGAUAUGGGAGUUGGUGCGCCGCAUAGCUAA